AUGGACGUCCUCAAAGCAGUUCAGACCUAUGUGACAAAGAUGAUCACAGAGGUCCCGGGCAUGAAGGUGCUCCUCCUUGACGCCCACACUACUCCCAUCGUAUCGCUUGUUGCGACACAAUCCGAGCUUCUUGCGCACGAGGUCUACCUGACAGAUAGGAUAGACAACAAUUCGCGAGAAGCACUCAACCACCUGUCAUGUAUUGCCUUCCUCUCGCCCACCCCCGCGUGCAUUGAGCUCGUCAAGCAGGAGCUCGCGCAACCGCGCUAUGGAUCCUACUGGCUCUUCUUCUCGAAUGCGUUGACUAAGAGUCAGAUCGAGGAGAUGGCGACCGUCGACGAGUUCGAAGUCGUCAAGGAGGUCCAGGAAUACUUUGCAGACUACUUGGCACAGUACCCAUCACUGUUCACCUUGACACAGGCAGCACUCGCUGACGGCGGCGAGGGGCCACCCAACCCACCAAUCUACCUUCCUUCCCCCGAUGACAUCCCACCAUCCAUGCUGGAUAACCACACGCGUGCCAUUGUGGCCAUGCUCCUGAGUAUAAAGAAACGACCAGUGAUCCGGUGGGAGCGCAUGUCUCAGGCUGGCCGUAAGCUCGCAGCGGAUGUACACGCAGCCAUCGGCCACCAGCCGUACCGCGACCUCUUCGACUUCCGAUCGACCGCUGGCCCCGCACCACUCCUCCUCAUCCUCGACAGGCGAAACGAUCCUGUCACCCCUCUCCUAUCGCAAUGGACGUACGAGGCGAUGGUGCACGAGCUCGUGGGCAUCCACAACGGGCGCGUGCACAUCAAUAGCGAGGAGCGCGUCGAGCUCCGCGACCUAGUGCUGUCCACGUCAUCGGACUCGUUCUUCGAGAAGAACCUCUUCUCCAACUUCGGUGACCUUGGUGCAGCUGUCUCGCAGUACGUCACGGACUACUCGGCGCGCUCGUCAUCGAUGGGCGCUGGCGCCGCGUCGAGCAGCAGCCGUAUCGAGACGGUGGCGGACAUGAAGCGCUUCGUCGAAGAGUACCCCGAGUUCCGGCGGCUAGGUGGCAACGUCACCAAACAUGUCACCCUCGUCGGCGAACUCUCGCGCAUCAUCGAGCGCGACGACCUGCUGGCUGUUUCCGAGGUCGAACAGUCGCUGGCGUCGCAAGAGUCGCAUGCGAGCGACGUGCGCGCUGUGCAGCAGAUCAUCGCCUCCCCGAAAGUACCAGCGCAGAACAAGCUGCGCGUCGCCAUCCUGUACGCACUGCGAUAUCAGAAGUUCUACGGGAACCACAUCACCGCCGUCGUUGAUGCUCUCAUCACCGCCGGCGUCUCUGCCGACAAGGCGCGACUCGUGUAUGUCAUGCUCAACUUCGCGGGUGCAGAUGUGCGGCAGGACGACCUGUUCAUGAACGACAAUCUGUUCUCUCGCGGCAAGAGCGCGCUCAAGGGCCUCAAGGGCGUCGAGAACGUGUACACUCAACACACACCUCAUCUCAUGGAGACGCUCGACCUGCUGUUCAAGGGGCGGCUGACAGAGCGCUCCUACCCGUUCAUGGAGGGUGACGAGGGCGCCCGUUCUCAGCGUCCGCAGGACAUUAUCGUGUUCAUCCUCGGUGGCGCGACGUAUGAGGAGAGCCGAGCGAUCGCGCUGCUGAACCAACGUCUUGCGGGCAACGAGGGAGGACCGGGCGGCACCCGAAUUCUCCUCGGCGGAAGCUGCGUGCACAACUCGACCAGCUUCCUCGACAUGGUGACCGCUGCUGCUGAAACCUGGCCCGAUAGCAUCUACGGACCACCCCCCAAUGUUGCACCCUCACCUGGUGUGCCUAGUCUCCAGCCCUCCCCGACUCCUGGCGGACCCAGUAUCAACCUCCGCGCAGGAGGUUAUGAGCUCAAUGUGGGAGGCACAGGUGGCUCGGGCCUGUUCCGCAGCGCGCAGGGUAACGAUGUCGCAGCCAACGUCCAGCUCGGCGGCGGGCUGCAGCAUGUGGGGGAGGGCAUCCGCGAUGGUGCAGGGCGGCUGUGGGGUAACGUCCGACAGCGGAUGGAGGAGCGAGCCAGCAGAAGCGGGACGCCACCGGCACGGUAG